AUGGAGGACGUCGGGGAAGAAGGAGGGAAGGAGGAAGGGGCCAUCCUGCUUGAUGUCGGGGAGUUGAGUGCCGAGGACACGUGUGUGGACUGCCUGCGGAUGCCGAAGGAACUGCACUGCAGAGGAUGUGACGAGAAUUUCUGCCGGGUGUGUUUCCAGUUUGUGCACCGUGGCGGGAAGCGGAAAGACCAUGCGUUUGACGAGCUGGUCAAGCUCGAGGGUAGGGAGAAGAAUGAGGGUGCGGAAGCUGGAGCAGAGAUGGAGGAAGAGACGGUAGAGGAGGAGGGUGAUGACGGAUUAGACGAAGAGACGCUAAAGCAGCAGGACUCGACGCUGUCCAGUGACCAUAUAGCCGUGUUGAAGAAGAUCAAGCGCAACAUCAAGUUUGUUCCGAUGCGGUUGACGUACGACGAGAGACAGCUGUUGAAACUCCUUGAGGCUGCUCUCUCUGUCUCCGAGUACACGGACAAGGUCGACAUAAUCUCGUACACGUCGAAGACGAAGAGAAUCGUAACGCAGUUGAAGGAGAUCUGCUCGAUACUCGCGGGGUUGGUGGUUUCCUCGAAUAUGAAGGUCGGACAGCGGUUGAUUGAGAACAGGAACUUUGUCGACAACGCUGACUGGUACAAGACUGUUUUCGAGAUCGGCCGGAGAUACAAGGUGAUGAAUCCGGAGAGAAUGAGAGAAACCUAUGGGAAGUUGUGUUACAUUAUCAUGGACUCCCGCUUGAAACAGGUGAAGGAGCACAUGGAGUUCGACCUCUUCAAGCCGAUCCUCACCAUUGAAAGGUAUCUGCAGGAGCAUUCCAAUGCCGAGUCGAAUGCGCUUUUCAACGACCCGCUCAUUCUCGACGCCACGGCAGAUAUCAGGCCAGAGGGAAAGUCGAGAGCUUUGAUAAACAAGUUGAUCAAGCAGAAGGAGAGGGCCGUCGAAUUGCUCGCCCGCAAGUAUGCCUCCAGCGAAGGCUUGGACAGAGAGCAGAUAAGAACCGUGUUGUACUCCAUCGGUGACUUCAACUCAUAUACCAACAAGAACAGAAUCCCUGUGCUAAACAUGUCCCGGAAGCUAGAGGAGUUCUUUGCAGACUCCAGCAAGGACCCUAAGUUCUCGCUUGGAAUCAGAUACGGUCACAACGGGGCUCGGCUUACUCACAACCACGAGAAACAGUACCUCUAUGUGAAGCAGGCGCUAGGCCUAUGGAACCACGUGAUGAGAGACUUGAUUGAGUUGUGGUACCUUGCAGACGACGACCUCUUUGAUGGGAACAGCUACAGGAUGGCGGACACGGGCCAAGGGUUACAGAGAAUCAAGACCUGUCCGAAGUUGUACAAGAAAAUGUACUCCAUUUUGAGCGAAUGCCAAUCGAAGUUUGACUAUUGGGUCGGUAUACCGGUGGUCCACUUGGGUGACGAUGCAGUGCCCAACGCAUUGUUUUUUUUGGAUAAGUACAUCCAGAUUCCUACAAUUUUGAUUCCAAUCGACAAAUGCGUGGAGAUGAUCACAUCGUUGGCGAGAGACGAGUACAUCAGGGGCAUGUUUGAAGAGCAGUUUGGCAGUGUCGAGGAGUUGCAGAAGGUCAUUCUCUGUGACUACUUCAAGCAUGGGUUUGACGGUUCAGGCGCAGACAACUACUACUUUGCCGGUUCAUGUGUGGACGCAACAUCGACCUCGAGUUGCGAAUUCUGUAACAAUAUCAGCAAAAAGCCAUACUACAAGGUGUUUCUCCUAAGCGGGUUCACAAACUUCAACGGGGAAGGGUAUUAG